AUGGAGCGGCUUUUGGAUGAUUUAUUCACCAAAAGGGCUUCUGUAAGGGAGGCAGCAUUAUCUUCGAUAAUUGAUGGCCUGAAACUUAACUGUCGAUCUCAGUUUGCCGAGAAAAAUUUUGCGACUUUACUAUACAGAUGCCUCAAUUCUAUCAAGAAGGGUACUUCCAAGGAGAUUGUUUUGGCUUCUCAUGCUCUUGGAUUAUUGUCACUCACAGUAGGUUGUGGGGAUAAUUCUCAAGAACUUUACAAGGAGUCACAUCCCGUUUUCUCACAAGCUCUGAAAUCUAAGAACGAAGCAUUACUGAAAUCUGUGAUCGAUUCUCUAGCUAUUGCUGCUUUUGUUGGUGCCAAUGAUUUUGAGCAGACAGAAGCUUCCAUGCAGAUAAUAUGGAAAUUCAUUUUUUCAAAAUCUGGUGAAAAUGCUGUGGUGAAAAAACUUCCACCGUCUGUUUUAUAUACAGCUAUUUCUGCGUGGUCUCUUCUCCUCACAACAGUCGAUGGGUGGAACCUUAAUCACAAUCAUUGGCAUGGAGCAACUUCAUAUUUUCUUGGCCUACUGGAUUCAGACGACCGAUCUGUGUGCAUAGCAGCUGGUGAAGCUAUUGCUUUGAUAUGUGAAGUCGGGUGUCUCGAGAAAUUUUCUAGUUAUACUACAGAUGAUAAAAAUAGCUCAAAGGAUACAGGAAAGAACUUACCGGACCAUGAUUACUCCUUACAAGAAUUACAAGAUAUUGUAUCCAAUCAUGCCAAAAAACUUGCUAGUCACACUUCAAUUCAAAGUGUGGCUGUAAAAGCAAUUAAUGGAUGGAACAACUUUUCCUUGAAUGUUUUGAAAAUUUUAGAGGAAGGUUGCUUUAGUGAAACUACUCUGAAGUUUGGCAAACACGGCUUGCAGUUACAUUCAUUUUCACAAUUAUUGCAGGUUAACUUUGUCAGGCGUAUUCUAGGACGUGGGUUUGUAACACACAUGCUGGAAAAUGAGUUUCUACGUGAUGUUUUCGACUUCACACCCAGUAAGAACAAGCUGGAGAGCAACCUCUACAGUGCCGAAAGGGAGGAGGUUAUGGUUCGUGUUUUUUUGCCCGAAACCAGUGAAAGAGAUUACGAAGAGGACUUGUUUGAGAGGACGCAGAAGCCAAAAAGGUCGACUUUCCAGAAAGCAAAGACUCAAUUGUUGAACAAGCAGCGCAUGCUAAAAGGGGAAGACCUGCAACCAUAUCAUGAUUAA